CGUAACUGCGAACUUUUGUUUGGUGUGUUGUGUGAGUUAGUUUCCGCCGCCGGGACAGAGGCGCCGGCCGGACUGGGCCGGGCUCGGGGAAGCGCCGCACGGUCAAAGUUGUUUUGCCAGUUGCCGCGGCCGGGUCGGUUUUCCGACCGAAGGGUGAGAAAGUACCGGCGACAGAAGGACGAGCCGCGGCCCGGGGAGCGGGGCAUGCGGGGCUGGGAAUCCGGGCUCUGAGCCGUCGAGCCCCGCCAGGGAAGCGCCGGGGGGUCCUGACGGAGCCAUGGAUCCCGGGCAGCCUCAAGCGCAGCAGCCGCCGCAGGCAGCGCAGCCCCCGGCCCCGCAGCAGCAGCAGCCGCCGCCGCAGCCCCCGGGCGCGGUGUCGGGGGCCUCGGCCGGCGCGGUGCAGCCCCCGGGCGCGGGGCCCCCUCCGGCGGGGCACCAGAUCGUCCAUGUGCGGGGCGACUCGGAGACCGACUUGGAGGCGCUGUUCAACGCCGUGAUGAACCCCAAGGGCGCCAAUGUGCCGCACACGCUGCCCAUGCGGCUGCGGAAACUGCCCGACUCCUUCUUCAAGCCGCCCGAGCCCAAGGCCCACUCCCGCCAGGCUAGCACUGAUGCAGGGACAGCAGGAGCCCUAACCCCACAGCAUGUCCGAGCUCAUUCCUCUCCAGCAUCACUGCAGCUGGGAGCUGUUUCUCCAGGGACGCUCACACCCUCUGGAGUAGUGACUGGACCUGGAGCUCCAUCUUCUCAACAUCUCCGCCAGUCUUCAUUUGAGAUCCCUGAUGAUGUACCUUUGCCACCAGGCUGGGAGAUGGCUAAGACACCGUCUGGACAGAGAUACUUUCUUAAUCAUAUUGAUCAAACAACAACAUGGCAAGAUCCUAGGAAGGCCAUGCUCUCCCAGAUGAAUGUUACAGCUCCCACUAGUCCUUCUGUGCAGCAGAACAUCAUGAACUCAGCAUCGGGCCCACUCCCCGAUGGAUGGGAACAAGCUAUGACCCAGGAUGGAGAAAUUUACUACAUAAACCAUAAGAACAAGACUACAUCUUGGCUAGACCCAAGGCUUGACCCACGCUUUGCCAUGAAUCAGCGAAUCAGCCAAAGUGCUCCAGUGAAACAGCCACCUCCUCUGGCUCCUCAGAGUCCUCAGGGUGGUGUGAUGGGUGGGAGUAGCUCCAAUCAGCAGCAACAGAUGAGACUUCAGCAGCUACAAAUGGAGAAAGAAAGGCUGAGACUGAAGCAUCAAGAACUGCUUCGGCAGGUGAGGCCACAGGCAUUGCGGAAUAUCAAUCCCAGCACAGCAAAUUCUCCAAAACAUCAGGAAUUGGCUCUCCGUAGCCAGCUUCCAACAAUGGAACAAGACGGUGGAUCGCAAAACCCCGUGUCAUCUCCUGGAAUGUCUCAGGAACUGAGAACAAUGACUACAAAUAGUUCUGAUCCCUUUCUUAACAGUGGAACAUAUCACUCCAGAGAUGAAAGCACAGAUAGUGGACUUAGCAUGAGCAGUUACAGUGUACCCAGAACCCCAGAUGACUUCCUGAACAGUGUUGAUGAGAUGGAUACAGGUGACAGUAUCGGCCAAAGUAACAUACCAUCCCAUCAGAACCGUUUCCCAGACUACCUUGAAGCCAUUCCAGGGACAAAUGUGGACCUUGGGACACUGGAAGGAGAUGGGAUGAAUAUAGAAGGAGAAGAACUGAUGCCAAGUCUGCAAGAGGCUUUGAGCUCUGACAUCCUUAAUGACAUGGAAUCUGUCUUGGCAGCCACCAAGCUAGAUAAAGAGAGUUUUCUUACUUGGUUAUAGGGGCCUCAGGGAGACUGAAUUCUAAAUCUGUGAAGGAUCUAAGGAGAUUAGGACAUCUGUAUCUGAAGUUCAGAACAAGCCAGUGUGGCACACUUUGGCUUGUAAAUGAACAAAUAUUCAACAAGAUUCUUUCAGUUUGCUCUUCCUUGUCCAUCGCUGCUGUUAUAUAUUGCUGACUUUUUUCCACAGUUGACUCUGAAGAACAGACAUCUUGAUUUUUUUUCUAUUGCUGUUGCAACUACUGUUCGAGGGGGGUGGGGAGGGAUGAUGAGCCUAUUUGGAUGACGAAUGCCAUUCCUUCUGUCCUAGUGUGCGCUUGCAUAUCAUUUUAUCUAAGUACUCAGAUUUGAGAGUUAAUUUCUGCAUGUCACUGCUUGUAGUUUGCUUAGCUAGUUGUCUCCUGCUGCCUGUGACAAGUGGUAAAACAUGACAUACUCGGGUGACAAGCCAAAAAUGAUGUAUCUGGUCAAAAGAAGUCAAUACUGAUUUGGAGAUACAACUUAAAGGAGGGCUGAAGACUGUUUGGCAUUAAGUGUUUCUACUAGUAGCUCUUUCAUUAGUCACGAAGUGCUCUUCUUCAUAUGUUAUAGUAAAUCAUGAGUCAUUUUACAUAGAAACAUGUAUGAACUUUGAUUGUUGCCACAUACUCUAGUCUAACUUUUGUUUGUCAUCAAUACUUUGAUUAUUUUUGUUAGUUGGUUUAACUGUAGCUGUAGGAUGGGAAGUAAUUAUAGGUGUUCUUGGUUUUUUUUUAAUAGUGAAAUCUAAGGUUUUUUUCUGAUUUCACACAGUCUUAUUUAAAUCUCAAUUGUCUGCUUUUUUAUACUUAAAACAUGCCUAUUGUAGCCUGAUAAGCUAGUGAGUACAUAAACCAGUAUGUUUUGCCUGUAACUUUUUUAUUUUUUUUAAAGGCUAGUUUUGAAUGUAAUCAUUAGAAUUUAUGACCAGUGGCUUAUUUUUCAUGUAUAUUUGCAAGAUUUUAAAUUAGAAUCUGAUAACAGCAAUGUAAAAGUUAAAAUACUGUGUUGUAUGUACAAUUUUUAAAUGCAUUUUAAAGUAGCAGAAACCAUUUUAAAAUUACAUACAUCUAAUCUCUCUUCUGGUUUUCAGUUUUGAUCUCUGAGUUUAGAUUUUAAAAUACUUAAUGGAAAAAAAUUGGUGAAAAAUUAUUCUCAAGUUAGCAUGGAUAAAAAGUCUGAACCAUUAAUGUCACUGUGCAUUGCAAUGAAAAGGCUAGAACACUAAAAAAUUCUCAAUUAAAACUUCUAAGUGUAAUAGUUAUUGAAUUCUGUUUGGUGAAAAAUAAGCCCUGGGCACUAUAUGUAGAAGAAUGUAAAGAUAUGUGUUAGAUGGUGACAUGAGCAGGUAAUGAAGUGUAUAUUAGUAGUAGAGCUUAGCAUGGGGUAGAGGUGAAUAUGAAUUAUCUUUAUUUUAACAGGAAAAGAUGUAUCACUAAGUUGUCUGCAGGAGUUGACACAAGUUUCCAAAGAGUAUUUUUAAAUGAACAAAAUGAGCAUGAAUCAAACUUUCAAUAUAAGCUAUGAAUUUUUGUGGGGCUUUUGGGCUUUUUCUGAUGAAAAAGUGUCACCAGUUAACACCUCUGUAAUUAAGGGCCUGUCACCAUUCUCAACAUGAGCCUUUAUUUUCAAGGGUGUAUAACGUGACUAUAAAGAUACUGUAAGCGUGUAACUUGGUUUUGAAAAAAAA